AAUUUGCGAAUAUAAAAAUCCACUUCUAACCUUAAAAAAAUGACAAAUGCAGUGACGUUAGUCAAAGUAUAAUUGUCAAUACUAGGGUAGCCAACCUGCGAAAAUUUCUAUGGUACUCUAGAGGUUUUAUUUUUUAUUGAGCUGUAUAUCACUGAAUUUAUUUACUAAUAUUGUGAUGUGUUUCAUGUCGAUAUUGUACUUUGAGUGAGUACAUAACCUUACUUUAUUCACUCUAUUUUUACUUGUAUAAAUCUUACAUAUAUGGUUAAGUUGUAUAAACAUAAAACCUUCGUGUUAAUAAAUAUGGAUUUAGAUAGUUCUGUAGCUUUAGAUUUAAAACCAAUAGAAUUAGAUUAUUAUUGUGAUAUUAAUUCAGGACCAAUUUGUCGAGUUUGUUUAGAAAAAUGUUUACCAAACAAAAGUGUGUGCAAUAUUUUUAGUGAUAUUAAACAGUUCAAUAGAGUUUCUACAAUGAUCAUGGCUUGUUCUAAUGUACAGUUAACUGAAGGUGAUGGACUUCCAAACCUAAUCUGUGAAAAUUGCAUUGCCAAGUUAGAUAUCGCUUGGAAUUUCAAGGUCCAGUGUGAAAACUCGGAUUUAAAGUUACGACAAAUUUACUCCCAACAACAAUUAGAAAGUCAUCAAAGCUUGGAUAACUUUGCUAUCGGAUUAAGAAAUGAUGAUUACUUCAAUGUUAAAUCAAAUGAAGAAUUUAUUACAAAUAUGUCACAGAUGGAUGAUAUUUCUACAAACCAAGUUAUUGAUGAAAACAGCCAAAAUCACACAUCACUACAAUUACUUCCAAGUAAAACUAAACUUCGAUCACCGGCAUCUAAACCAAACAAAUUACAAAAAGAACUUAAAACCCACCAAUGUGAUACUUGUGGAAAAGUUUUUAAUCGCAGAGAAUAUUUAACUCAACAUAUUAGAAUACAUACAGGUGAAAAACCCUAUAAAUGUCACUUAUGUGAACGAAGAUUUGCUAACUCUGGCCAUUUAACUACUCACAUGAGAACUCACACAGGCGAGAAACCUCAUUCAUGUACUAUGUGUACAAAAGCUUUUUCAACCCGUCAAGAACUUCAAAAACAUAUAAUGGUACAUAAUGGAGAUCGCCCUUUUGAAUGCAAAAUGUGCUCAAAAAGGUUUGGAAACAUAAGUAAUUUGUAUUCGCAUCUUCGACAUCACACUGGAGAGAAGAAUUUUACAUGUGAACAUUGUGGGAAAGCAUUUUAUUCUAAACAGGAGUUAAAACAGCACAGUGUUGUUCAUACAGGGGAAAAACCCUUUUUGUGCCAAUUUUGCAACAAACGAUUUUCACAGCUGGGCCAUUUAAGAAGACACUCCAAACUGCACAAAAGUUAAUUAUUUUUGCUUACCUUCACUAUAUUACAGUACAUAUUCGUUUCAUUCAGGAUUGUAUAAGUUAAAAGAAGUCGCCUAACAUGUUCACAACUCUAUGUGUUCUUAAAGCAAUUUGCUCAAUUUGAAUAUUUUAAUUUUUUUAUUUAAUAAUACGUUAUUAUUUAGGAAAUUAAUUUGAAAUAAAAUUUAUUUAAACGUGAAUAAAAUAUUUAUAUAAACUUUUUAAUAGGUAGAAAAAUUGUAGGUUAACUUUGAAAAAAGAUUUUUAUAAAUUAAAAUUACCAGUAAAUAAAGAUUAAAUGACCAAGA